AUGGACGAAAUCAAGCCCAGAUUUUACAACGACGUCGUCAUUAUUGGGGCCGGCUUGUCUGGCAUCAAUUUGGCAUGCCAGCUACAGCGGAAGCUGGGGGUUUCUGACUAUAUCAUCUAUGAUCGUGCCCAAGAACUGGGAGGCGCAUGGGCGGCAAACAAGUAUCCAGGAUGUGGAGUUGACAUACCGGGAGCACUCUACUCUCUUUCCUGGUUCCCAAAUCCUGCCUUUACCAAGGUUUUCCCAUCACAGCCCGAGAUCUUGUCAUAUGCCCAAAGCGUGGCGCAAAGUCAUAAUGUUCCCAAGCACAUUGUCUUCCAAAGAGAAUGGACCGGAGCCAAAUGGAAUGAAAAAUCCUCUACCUGGCUUGUCAAUUUACGUGAUCUAGUGACCGGGGACGAGUAUAUUCACGAGGCCAAGAUGCUUGUUUCUGCUGUUGGAGGCUAUACAAAUCCCAAGUUGCCUUCACUACCCGGCUUAGAUUCUUUCCAAGGACCAGUGGUGCAUACAGCACAGUGGGAUAAAGAUUACGACCUGCGCGGGCUCAAUGUUGCUGUAAUUGGCAAUGGAUGUUCUGCAUCUCAGGUCGUCCCCGCCGUUGUUGAAAACGUUAAGUCCUUGAUACAGUUCGUCCGGAGUCCACAACAUUAUGUUCCAAUGCCUUAUAAUUUUGAACUUGGAUGGAUUAUAAGAACCCUAUUCUCCUGUAUUCCAGCAGUGCUGGUAUUUAUACGAUGGACAAUAUUUUUCUUCCUCGAGACUGGACUCCUUCAAUUCUACAACAACAAAAAAGGGCAGCAGAUGCGAGAGCAGUCAGCAGUGGCGAGCUCCAAUUAUAUCAAGAAAACUGCCCCAGAGAAGUAUUGGUCAAUGUUGAUACCUGACUAUAGUCUUGGUUGCAGACGCCGGAUUUUGGAUUGCCAAUAUCUUAAGGCCCUUCAAAAUCCAAAGGUUCAUCUGACGAGAGACUCGAUUGUCUCUGUUGGAGAAAAGAGCGUGACUACUGCGUCAGGAGCUCAGCACGAUGUAGACUUCCUUAUCCUGGCAACCGGAUUCCAAUUUUCACAAUGGCAAGGAGAUAAAAUCAUUGGCCGGCAUGGAGUGUCGCUGCAGCAGCACUGGCAACAAAUGGGAGGUAUCGAGGCCUACAAGACCAUUGCUGUCAAUGGAUGUCCAAAUUUCUUCUACAUCCUGGGGCCGAACUCGGGCAGCGGCCAUACUUCGGUUCUCUUUGCUUCAGAGUGGUAUGUGACCAUGCUGAAGACUGAAUUUUACUGGCAAAACCAACUGACUGCUUCAUUCACAGCACCGCAAACCUUGUGGUUAAACUUGCCCGUCCGUUGCUUCUUCGAAAAGCGGCUGCUGUUGAAGUUGCGAAGAAUGCCGAGAUUCGUUAUUGCGAUUCUGUUCAAAUCGCCUUGA